UGGCUAGCUGGUAGCGGUCUAGAUAUGUUAGAGAACUGACAGCAAUGCUAAGUUGGCCGCAAUAGUUAGUGAGUUAUCAGAAAGUGUCUGGAGGCUCAAAGGUGGGAUUUUAGAGCACGAAACCCCGCCAGGUGGCCUGUGUAGAGGGUUGGCAACCCGAUAAAACGUUACGGAUCCCGGACCUUUAAUAUCUGACAACCGCUGGUUAGCUAGCAUUAGCUGGCUAGCUGGGGAGCUCCCGAAAAGUAACGUCAGGGCUUGCUUCAUACAGCCAUGUCGGCGGCCGGAGACUUCGGAAACCCUUUAAGAAAAUUUAAAUUGGUCUUUCUCGGGGAACAGAGUGUGGGAAAGACGUCACUGAUCACCAGGUUCAUGUAUGACAGCUUCGACAACACUUACCAAGCCACAAUAGGAAUAGAUUUCCUGUCGAAAACCAUGUACCUUGAAGACAGAACAAUCAGGUUGCAGUUGUGGGACACGGCGGGGCAAGAACGAUUUCGGAGCCUCAUCCCAAGUUACAUCAGAGACUCUGCUGCUGCUGUCGUAGUGUAUGACAUCACAAACGUCAACUCCUUCCAGCAAACCACAAAAUGGAUUGAUGAUGUCAGGACAGAGAGAGGAAGUGAUGUCAUUAUCAUGUUGGUGGGAAACAAGACAGACCUUGCAGACAAAAGACAGAUAACCACAGAGGAGGGAGAACAGAGAGCGAAAGAGAUGAAUGUUCUGUUUAUUGAAACAAGUGCAAAGACAGGCUACAAUGUCAAACAGCUUUUCCGUCGUGUGGCAGCCGCCCUCCCUGGCAUGGACACUACACAGGACAAGAGCAGAGAGGACAUGAUUGACAUUAAGCUGGAGAAGCCACCGGAGCUACCUGCCAGUGAAGGCGGCUGCUCCUGCUAAUGCCUGCUUAUGUCAUUGCUAAAUAUUUCUCUGACCGGCUUUUUCUCAAACCCAGUCGGUUUUUCUGUAUCUGUACCCUUCACUGCACCCGCCUCUGUUCCCCAGCCUGAAAGAGAACACUACAUCCGUUAUCCUCACCAUAGUGGAAACCUGCUCUCUCAUUGGGACAACGUUGUGAAAGUCAUAAAUCACUUCAAUUGAUUAUUUGCACUGUAACACACAUACAUCGAAGCAGUAUUCAAGGCUGGAGCUCAGCCUUCUUUACUGGACUACGUCAUUUCAAAAACACCAAGACGAUGGCCAGAGAGUAGUGAGUCACAGCAGGUUUGUGUCUGAAAAUGAGUUUUUUGGCCCCAGCUGAACAAAAGAAAAUGUGUGUUUUAAGAAAUGAGUGAGAAUAUUCUUUAAAAAGCUAACCAUUGCUUUAAGCUUAAUAAGCACAGUGUGGAUGUUUUGGCGCAUUUGUCAGUUGACAUAAUUUGUGCUUUUGUGAUUGAUUGGCAAUGAUUCCUUCAUGAAACUGUUCUUUAACUGUCUGGAAUACUACAUGGAAACGGUUGCAGAGUUGUGUUGAAGUAAAUCAGUUGGGACAUUUCAGUAUUGACACAUAUCCUGUCUACACCCACGAUGCCGCUGAAGCUGAAGGUGGAAGUGGCAGCAAUGAGUUGAUUUUAAUCUGAGCGUGUGCUCUGCAGUACCUGCACCAGCAGAGUCACUCGUCUCCGCAUCAUCCACCAGCAUGACAGGACAGUCUCAGACCAGCACAAACACAACACCAUCACUACACCAUCCACAUUACCGUCCUUCCCUCCUGACCCUGGAGAUGGGUAAUUUUUACCUUGGCUUCCAUUUUCUAUUACCUUUUUAUUUGGAUAGAUCUUUAACUUUGUUUUUUUCUAAAGACUACUGUUAUCAUAGAUUGAAACUGUUUCUCUAAUGAUAAUGUUUGAGGAGGAUCUUCUUGUAUAUUAAGGGUCAUAAUCAUAAAACCCACCAUAAACAUUAGAUAUGGAGAUAUAUGCCUUUUGGAGUUAAAUUGUAGUGGGCCUCCUCAGUUUUGGGUUUAUCUAGUUAAGUUUGGGAUGAUUUAUGAACACUUCAAGACUUCUUUUGCUUGUUUUUAUUUUUUGGCAUUGAUCUUUUGUUAGUGAUUAUACUACAUGUGUAUUUAAUCCACAAUGACUUGUAAUAUUUAUUUCUGUUGGAUUCAUGUUUCCUUUUUUUAUGGCUGUUAAUAUCUUCAUUUUUGGUUUGAGCCCUGAAUCGCUAAUGAAAUAUGCAUCCAUCUGGACCGCCUUUAACAGAAUCAGUAGAGAGGGUCUGCUGUUCCCUCUGCCACCUGUAAAUGGCAGUUUGAUCAUAUUGAUAAUACCGUGCAAUUUUUGUGUGAACUUGUGGAGGAGUGUCUGAUUUGUAUAGCAUAGUAGUCCUUAACGUUUCUGUCUGGAAUGGUUUUAAAUGAAAGAAUAAAAAUACACUUGUCACUGC